UUUCAGCUGGUCGCCGUAGUGCUGCUGACGAAGAACGUAGGUCUUCAGCAGGUAUCAAAGUGAUCUAUCUCUUUUUGAAGACUUUUUUUUCAUUCUCCCAGAAUCCGAUUGAUGUCAGUAUCGAGCGGGACCUUGGUUCGUUUGGCGGGUUCUCUUGGAAAUUCUUUCGUAGGCGCGCGGUAUUUUUUUUGAAGUUUUUUGUGCUCGACCUUUGCUGUAAAUGGAUUUUUUGUUUUUCAAGUAUACAAAACAACUUUCUGGUUACAUAAGUGAAAAAUUUUGUUUGACUAAGUGAAAACGCGUUGUAAAUGUAAUUAGAUUAUUUUUUUAUUUUUUUUGGUAAAGUGAAUUUCAAAUUGGGCGCACCUAAUAGAAGAGAGUUUAUUCAUCUGGGCGUGCCGAAUGGAUUUAAGAAUAAUAUUUGGAAAAUGACUUCCUAUAAACUUCUCCCGCUCCUGCUAACCAUUUUCACCAGCUCCACUCAAACUUUGGACUUCUCACCAUGCCAAGAAAUAUCGCAAGACUUAAGAUUCCCCUGUGUUUGCGCCUUAGGGCCAGUAGAAGAAGCUCUAGACGGAAACCCUUCACUCACCAUCAAUUGUGACAGGGUAGUUUUUCCAAUGGACGUGACUUUUAUUCCUUACGGAGCACCUGUAGUGUCUUUUGUGCAACGUCAUGCUGGACACCAAUCUUUACCGAGUCAAGUAUUCACUUCUAGCCUACCUUUACGUUCUUUAGACCUGUCGCAUAACUCUUUGCGGAAACUCAACGAGCGUAUGCUACAAGGUGUUCAAAAUACCCUUACUGAAUUGCAUUUGGCUGAUAAUUUGCUUGGAGAUACCCUAAAUCCAAUUUUCUCUAGUAGUGAAUUUAGAGGCCUCAAACACAUGUACUAUUUAGAUUUGAGAAGGAACGGCAUCAAGGCUAUUGAGGAAGGGAUAUUUGAGGGAUGUGAAAAUUUAAAGGAACUUUAUUUAGACGGCAACGAUUUUAACGCUAUUCCAAGCAGUUCACUGAACGGACCAAAAUCCUUAAAAUUACUGUCACUUAGCGGCAACAACAUAGAAACCAUUAAAGUUGAUUCAUUCGAAGCCCAAUUCAACUUGGAAACAAUCGACUUGAAUAACAAUUUAAUUUCAACUAUAGAAAGCGGCUCGUUUGGCAAAUUAGCGAACGUGAAAACGCUGAAAUUGUCUCACAAUCGAUUAUCGAAGUUCAACAGUGACAUUUUCAUUGGAGCCGAUAGUCUGAUCAAUUUAGAUUUGUCUGAAAAUUUCAUGACGGAAUUUCCUUCGGUUGCCCUCAAGGUUUUCGAUAGUCUGAGAUCCUUGAAUUUGUCUUCUAAUUUGAUUCAAACAUUGGACAAUUCAAAUUUAGCAUCAUUAUCCAGUCUAUUCGAAUUGGAUUUGAGCAGAAACAGUUUGGGCAAUAUCGUGCCGGGCACAUUUUUGGGCUUGAAAUAUCUAAAAAAAUUGGACAUCAGCGUAAACUCGUUAAGAACAGUGGAAGACGAUGCAUUCGAAGGCCUCGACAACUUGGAACAUUUAAAUUUGAAAGACAACAACAUUUUGUUAAUACCAGCUUCAGCUUUAGGAAGGCUGCCGCGUUUGACUUCAUUGCAAAUGGACUAUAAUCGUAUUACAGCUUUGUCUGGCGAUAUUUUACGGUCUAUUGGUGAAAAAGUGACUAGGCUUGUAAUAUCCACAAAUGUUGUUAGAGAGCUUCCAACAGACACAUUCAAAUUCUUUAAAACUCUACAAUAUUUGGACCUAAAAAGAAAUUAUUUAACAACUUUAACUUCAAACGCCUUUGAAGGCCUAGAAGCAUCAUUAGAAGAACUUUAUUUGUCAGAAAAUCGAAUCAUGACACUUCCAGAAACUCCAAUAAAUUUAAAUAUUUUAAAAUUAUUGGAUUUAAGCAACAACCACUUAACUGACCUACCAAGGAACUCAUUUAAUUCACUGACUUCAUUGAAGCAAUUAAAUCUAAGCAACAACGUCCAUCUAACAAAAAUUCCAGAACCUCUACUCCACAAAUUAGCCAAAUUAGAAAUAAUCGAUAUGAGCUUUUGUGGCAUUCAAACAAUUAAAUCCGAAUUAUUUAUAAAAUCAAACACAUUAAAAGAAAUUCACCUAAAGAGUAACAACCUGUCCGAUUUACAAGAAAACUCUUUUGUCAACAUGCCCAAUUUGACUUUAAUCGAUUUAUCUUACAACAACAUUAGUAGUAUUAAACAAACAGCUUUCGCCUUUGUAAUGAACAUAAAAGAAUUAAACUUAAAAGGCAAUCAAUUGACUUCAUUUAAAGGUGAAUAUUUCAAUACUGGCACCAGCUUGGAAAUUUUGGAUAUUUCAGAAAACCAACUUAGCUAUCUGUUUCCUUCUUCAUUCAGAAUCCAUCCCAGGCUCAAAAAAAUUAUCGCCAGUAAAAACAAGUUCAAUUUUUUCCCAGCCGAAUUGAUAGCCAAUCUACAAUUUUUGGAAUACAUCGAUUUGUCUUUUAACGAAUUAAAAACUGUAGAAGAAUUGGACUUUGCCAGAUUGCCAAGACUUAGGUCUUUGUUGAUGUCGAAUAAUCAUUUGGAAAGUUUGAGUGAAAUGGCUUUUCACAAUAGCACUCAGCUACAAAUACUGGAUUUGAGCAUCAAUAAGUUGGAUAGACUAGGCGAGAGGACUUUUGAGGGUUUAAUAAGGCUUGAAAUGCUAAAUUUGGAUAACAAUAAUUUGGCUGAUUUGCCUGAUAAUAUUUUUGAAAGGAUUCGAUUGCAAAUGCUGGAUAACAUAGUAUUAUCCAGAAAUAAGUUUGUGAUUCCUCCAUUGAAAACGCUUCAGAGGCAAUACUUUUUCUUGGAUUCUGUGGAUUUGUCUCAUAAUAAUAUUGAAGAGAUACCUCAAGAGGAUGGUAUAAUGGUCAAUAUUAAAAAACUAGAUUUUUCUUAUAAUCCCCUAUCGCAAGAAGCAAUAGCGAACAUACUCGGCGAACCGAAAACUGUGAGAAGUUUGAAUUUAGCCAAUACUGGUAUAAAAGUUGUUAGUCGACUGGAAACACCAUUUUUGAAGCAUUUAAAUUUGUCUUAUAAUAAUAUUUCAAAAAUUAGUGACGUUUUGUUCGAAAGGACAACGUUAUUGGAAACAUUGGACAUUUCCAAUAAUAUGUUGACGAGUACUAAUGGAUUUGCGAAAAUAUGGCCGUUUUUGAGGAAUUUGAAUAUGCUUAAUUUGUCUAGUAAUCCCAUAGAAGCCAUUGCGCAUGACGACUUUGAAGGAUUGAAUAAGUUGAGAUAUCUCAGUGUCCAUUCGUUAGAGAAAUGCACAAAAAUCGAAAAAACCGCCUUCAAAUCAGUGCCAAACCUCCUAGAACUGGACGCUUACGGUUACCCAAAGCUAGGCUAUCUAGAUCUGAACGGAGUCUUGCAAAACGUGCCACUCUUAGAAAAAGUCAAUAUUGAAACCAAAGACGCUGCUAUAGGCAAAGACCAGCUACAAUCCAUGCUAAAUCCGAGAUUGAAGGAACUUAGUAUAAGAGGAUCACGAUUGAGGAGUGUUUCUUCGGGAACUUUGUCUGGAAUCAAAGGUCCUAACAUCCUUAUUCGCUUCGUCAACACCUCCCUAACCUCCAUACCUCCAGCCCUAUUCUUCCCAGUUCCAAGAUCCUCCAAAACCACUUUGGACAUAACAGGAAACCAACUGACAACAUUAAGCAUACAAUUUCUGACCACUCUAGAAGACAGAAGAGGAGAUUUGAAACUGGUAGGACUCCAAACGAAUCCCAUUACUUGCGAUUGUAAUUCGAGAGGCUUGAGAAGAUGGCUACCGAUGCAUAUGAUGAUGGUAAAAUGCUCAGGACCGCCAUAUUUGGCUGGCAAAUAUCUCGGCGAAAUUGGCGAUGACGAAUUAAGUUGCGAUCCAAAAAAGAUGAUGCAACAGUCCACGACUCAAUCGACUACGUCAUUGCUAACGGAUUCUACAAAAUUGCUUAAAAAAGCUACAGAGCCUGAUAUCAUUUGGUCGAUGCCCGCUACAGAAAAGGCACAGCCGAAGAUUAAAACAGCUUCAACAGGCCAAUCUGCUUUGAAUAAUGAUGAUACACUUAUUAUUGGAAUUGUGGGAGGAGUAGUAGCAUUCAUUGCAAUACUUAUUAUUAUUAUUUGCAUUAUUAGGUUGCGCAUGUCCAGCUCUCAAUAUAGAGGGGGUCCAGUUACUUCAGGUUCAAUUGUAGCUCCUGGUGUAAUAGGUUCAGGAAGUAGUUGCGCUUGCAGCGUUAAAGGAGCUCCAACAGGUUCCGUAGGUACCGCCCUUUAUGCAAUACCGCCCAGUUAUGCAGCUACUUUGCCUCACAAAAUGACACCAAUGCAUCAAGGUGCUAUGAGGGUACCGGCUACAGCUUACUCGACAAUGGGCAGAGGUCCCUACUAUCAACAAAGUAAUGUGCAGCCGUAUUUUAUAGCUACUUAUCCAACUGAUGAGAAACUUUAUCGAUAGUUAUAUGGUGUGUAAAUAAAUUUGGACCAUAUUGGUCUUAAGUUGUACAAGGAGAUUUAGACUGGCCUAGGAUUAUGACUCUUUGUAUAGAGAUCCAAUGGACAACCAGCCUUGAAAAGACAUUUAAACUGAAUUAGAUUAUAUUAUGUGCUCUGUUACUCAUUUAAUUUUAAGUACCUAAUAAUAAUUCCAAUUGUACCUAAUUUUUGUGUAAAUAUUACUAACUUAUUAUUAUUUUUGAAUAAAUAUUAGGAAGAAUACGGGGAAACUUAAGAUUUAAGCUCAUAAAAGACAAAUAUAUGUAAUCGAAGCCAUUUUAUUAGCAAUAAUUAUAUGUACCUCAAAAAUAUGACCAUGUGUUGAGUUUAAAGAGAAAUUGAAUUUUAGUAUUAUAUUAUUUAAUAUAUUUUUUUCAAUGUAAAAGUCUGAACUUAUUUUAAUUUAAAAGCCAAAUGUAUGUAUUGCAUAACUCAGUAUACUGAAUUCAUGAUAUUACAUAGUCAUCAUUUUGUAUAUCAAUAAUUUUUUUGUCAAUUCUAUAAUAUAUAUACUAGGAAUUGCAUAAAUUCAUGGUUUGCUCUGAAAGCUAAAAAUUACUAUAAGAAAUUCCUCUUGCCAAAAAAAUCUCUUCAAACAUUGAUUUUUAGUUCAUCCUUCUGGUUUAUGGAUUGACUAUUGGUUGGGAGAAAUCUACAAAAAUCCAUCAUACAAAUAAUUUUUUUUCUAUUUAUUUAUAUCACAGUUAAGGAGCUACAAGUUCUGGCAAUAAAUUUUUUAGUUGUAUAUUUACAAAAAGUGCCAGAGUGAUAUUAUUAUCUCAUGUCAACUGACUGUCAUGGUUUAGUCCUUUGGGUUUACCUCAAAGCCAUCCUUCUAUUCUGAAAAUUAUUAAUUUCCAUUGAGCGUAAAUUAUCUUUGAUUGGACAAUAACUAAAUAAAAAAACACUAGCAGUUAUUUAUAACCAAAACUCAAUGAAUUUUUUUUAAUUAAAACGUAAAUAUAACUACUGUUAAGAAGUACGGCACUGAGGCAAAUCUUCAAAAGCCCUUUCUAAAAGAAAAAUCAAUUUUGAUUGCAUAUCAGAAAAAAUAUACGGUAUUACCUGGAUUAAAGAGACCACCGUGCAUUUCGUAUCCCAUAUUAACGAGCAGAGAUUCAAAAGGAUCCAUCGCCAUACGUUGUUGAUUAGCCUGUACUACAGAUUCUAUGUCUUUUACUCUUCGACUAUUUUCGCUGCCAUCCUAGAAGAAGAUAAUGGAAAAAUAGUUUUGUAAGUUUGAACAAAUUCCUACCUCUGCCAUAGGCGUCCACAAUUUUACAACAGGAUCGAUCCCGCUAGAUGCUAUCAGACACUGAUUAGGAUGUGGCUGGAUACAGUUUACUAUGGAAACGUCUCCAACUAGAGCAUUGACUAUUGAUUGGGUUUUUCUUUCCCAAAUGAAUAUUAUUCCUUCAUCGGAACCUGCACAAAUAUAAUGUCCAUCUUCACCUGAAAUAAAAUAAAACGAAUUUGUUUUUAUAAUAAAUGAAACAUCUCUCUCUAUGUCUAUGAAACAUUAGCCAUAGAGAAGCCUUAUAACUCAGAAACUGUACGACCUACCAAAACCCAUUUUCUAUAAUUUAUAGGGAAUUAAAUAUCUCCUGAGACGAUGUAUAAUUCAAUUGAAUUUGUUCAAAUAUCAUCUUAAUAUUUAAGUGAUUAUUAAAUAUGACAUAAAAUGAGAUUUUCUUUUUGUAAUAAUUGCCAUUUGGAAUCGAUGUUACAAUGGUUUUUGACUAAAUUUGAUUGUUAAUUAUUCUUUUUUUUUCUUUGACUUUUCUCUAGUAGAAGUUUUUACUGGAAAGAUCAUUCUCUCUCUGGAAAGGUUUUAAAAACAAAAUCCAUUUAGCGAUUUUGCUGAUUGUUUCUAUGUUAUACAUACUUUCCAUCUCAUUGAUUUAUUAGGUCAGUUAAGUUAGCCCCGCCCCAUAGAAAAUUUCUGGAUGAAAAUU